AUGGCCACUCCUAAGUCGAUCGCCUUAAUCAUUACCAGCACCCGCGAGGCCCGCAUUGGACCCUCUGUCGCGGCACUUGUCAAGUCCAUUCUCGAAAACCACAGUGACCCAUCUGAGACUUCGCUCACCCUGGUUGAUCUUGUCAAGUUCAACCUACCCGUCUACGAUGAAGGCUGCCACCCGGCAAUGGUGCCAUUCAAGGCUCAGUUCCAGCAUGAGCACAGCAAGGCCUGGAGCGCUGAGAUCAAGAAGCACGAUGGCUACGUCCUAGUGAUCCCCGAGUACAACUACAGCCUUUCUGGUGGCACUAAGAACGCUAUUGACUACCUGAUGAACGAAUGGAAAGGAAAGCCUGUCGCUGUGAUCAGCUACGGAAUUCACGGUGGGAAGCACGCAUCCGACACCGCCUAUGAGGUCCUGUCUCAGAUGGGUCUCCGUGUUGCCCCAACUAGACCUCAACUGGGUUUCCAUGACGGCGCAGGACCGGAUAUGUUCCUCGCCAUGGCUGGAAAACUAGGCGAUGAUACAAAAAAGCAGAUAGAAGGGCAGGAGGCUGAAAUAGCUAAGGCCUGGGAUGAGCUGAAACGAGCAUUGACGGACAAAGACCUGUACGUCCGUCCUCGCGCUUGGUAG